AUGCCAAACGCCCAAGAAAAUCCAAGUACAAAGCCAACAAACGCCAAAAUCACAAUACUAGCUACAUCUACAGACGCUCCAAACAACAAUAUAAACAAUACCUUAGCAAUAGAAAUUCUAUCAACAAUCACAGCUGCAUUAUCAAUAAUAGCCAUAUUAUUAGGAAUCUGUAUUAGAAGAAUUAGGAAAAGGAAAUUAGGCUACAAGCGUAACUUAACACAAGCGCCAAUAGGGACGAGUCAAACACCAUUUACAACACCAUUAGAUUUAAACAAUAUCAACAUAGAACAGUUAGCCCAACAAUUAUCACAAUUACAAAACAAUCAACCACCGAGAUAUAAAUAG